AUGGUUGAUCGUACUGUCUUGCAUAUGCAUCGUCAAUUGCAACCGGAAGAAAUGACUUUGAGUGGAACAGGGUCUCGAAUGACGGUGAAGAUGAAGGACUUUUUCCUCGAUAUGCACAAUCAAAUUCGCAGGGAGGUGGCUCUUGGUGAGAUUGAGGGGCAGCCAUCUGCGUCGGAUAUGAAUGAAUUGGUGAGUUGCAGUAUUCAGCUAUUUUGUGGACAUAGCUUGGAGUCUAAUCAUGAUGUAUAA